AUGGCAUCUUCCUUUAUUCCACCCAAGUCUCGCCCCCAUCAUUACCAACCUAUCCUUCCGUCAAGAUAUCCUUCAUCCCACUUCAAUUCCAAACAGCCCGACCAACCUUCUGUAGACAAUCCUCGCCAUUUCUCCGCAUCUCUGGUCACCAGACUCAUGUCGCCUCCCGCGCAACCACCUGGUCCAUUCAAUGGUCCCGGCUCCUUUCAAGAUCGGCUUGCCAAGCUGGAAGGCUCGUUGCCUGCUAUGCAUGACGCGUAUCAGCGGGAAAUAUCUUCUUUGCGGAACGAAGUGGAGUCCCUCAAGACAAGUCAAUGUACUUUCGACCACCAUGUCUCAGCUCCUCACUACUCUCCUGGCCACCCCCAAUGGACCGGUCACGGCAAACAUUCCCAUGCCGCUCAUCAAUUCUCGCAUCGCUCCUCCAUGUGGACCCAACGGUACUCCGCCGUCUCCUCCGGCAUCACUCUACCCUGGUAG